UGAGUGGAGUGGAUUGGAUUGACUUGACAUAAAUACAUGACUAAAACGAUGCUGUACAAACGCCGUGUUCUUUUAAUUUAAUUCAAUUGGAACUUGCUUUUCUAUUAUAUAGUGGCAAAAUAAUAGUAGCAAUAUAUAUAUAUAAAUAAGGAAAACUGUGGUCCCUGCACCUGUAUCUAUAAGUGUUGUUAAAGGCAAUCUAAUUCGCAAUGAGUUCAAGACAUCGUGAACGCGACAGAAGUCGUUCUAGAUCUCGUGAUCGCGAGAGGGAUAGGCAUAAGGAACGGGACCGCGAGAAGACCAGAGACCGAGACCGCGACAAGGAUCGCGAACGUGACCGAGAUAGGGACCGUGACCGCGAUCGCGAUAGGGACAGGGAUCGCGACCGGGACCGCCACCGCUCUAAGAGAGACAAGGAGCGCGAGCGCAGCCGGAGCCGCGACCGCCACAAGGACAAGCGCCGCAGCCGCACUCGCUCGCGCACACGGAGCCGCAGUCGCAGCCGGAAGUCUAAAGACAGAGAUGGAACAAUUGCCCUGCUGGACCAGAUGGUUGGCACCACGACCAAGGCGACAGCUCGCCAGGUGACCAGCAAUGGUGCCAUCAACCCGGCCACACAGGCUGCCAUCCUCGCCGCCGCUGCCGUCGCACAGACGUUUGUGGCGCAGCGACGCAUGGCGGCGCCCGUCCAGCCCGCGGCGGCCGCGGCGGCGGCGCUGUCGGCCGCCACGGCCAUCCCGCCGCCCACCUCCGUCCAGCAGAAGCUGGACCUGCUGCAGGCGCGCGCCGACAGCCGCUACCGCCCCGAGCGCGCCGAGCGCGCCGACCGCGCCGAGCGCCCGCACGACUACCACCCGGACGACGACCAGGACGACGGGCUGGGCCCGGCCGGGGAGACGGCGGCGGAGCGACGCGCGCGCCGCCGCCGCACCCGCUGGAUGGGCUCCGAACACGACAAGACCUUUAUCCCCGGCCUGCCCACCGUGCUGCCCUCGACGCUGACGCGGGAGCAGGAGGAGCAGUACCUGCGUGAGUACCGCCCCCUAUCCCCGGCCGCAUAAUGCACUUGAUGUUGCAGUAGGGCGCCGAGGGGCCGCAGCGCACCGCGGCGCCGCAUUGCCUGUCCUGUGCCGUCGCUACUGCGCCGUACCAUGCCCGGGCAGACGCCACGUCCGGCAGGGACAGUACCACAUCUCUGAAACAACAAGUCUAUAUACACUUAUAAUGGAUAUGUUUCCUCAGUCAACAAUGCAUUAAUGUAACUAUGCAAUCUAUUCAAAAUGAAUAGAUUAAAGUGAAACAGAAAUUAAAGAGAACUACUAAUGAGAACUACUAAUUCUCACAAAAUCAUUGGACACACUCAAUUUUAAUUAAUUUAACUAAAUGGAAACAUCUCUAUUGUGCUACAUUGUUUCAUGCAUAGAAUUCUUUUGUCAAUCUGCAACUGAAUUUAGUUCUUUAUCUCAUGAAGUAUAACUUUUUUAUUUUCAAAUACAACACUUUAAUAAUGUUGCAAAGUUUUUGGUCCAUUGUUGGCACAAACUGCUAUUGUGUGUGACUUACUUUCAACGACUAGUGAAUAGUACUGUACUCUGUUAGUCGACUCAAUAUUUGAAAGAUUCUGCAUUCCAAAAGCAACGGCUUUACUUGCUUUCCGAGGCACGACUGAAUCCCCGCGUAUGUGUGGACUGCGGUCCCAUACUGUGUCGGGAAGUAAUGUUUGCAAACGGUGACACUCGAUGCGCAGUCUUGUCCCGCCGCAGCCUCCACCAGGCACUGCUUUACAAAUGCUGUAUGUACGUACCUGGACUGAUGCAUUUAUGGUAUCAGCUGACAAUACCUAUGUCGCAUUAAAUUUGUAUAAAUAUAUAUUAUGUUGAAACAAACUAACAGAAAUAAAGUACUCGCAGCCGCAGGUCGCUAGAGGUCGCUAGAGGUCGCUAGAGGUCGGUAGUGGCGAGUGUGGGCGCUAGUCGCCAAUUAGGUCAGUAUACUAAUGCUGCGGUAUGGCCGCGGUUGGCUAACCCGUUCCCUUGCAGUGCAGCUGCAGAUCGAGGAGGUGUCGCGCAAGCUGCGCUCGGGAGACCUCGGCAUCCCCGCCAACAUCGAGGAGAGGUAACUCACCCACUCUACCACCUCUACCCUCACCGUACCUCUCCCACGGCCGCCGGACGGGGACUCUGCACGCACUCGCACCUCCAUUCGUUAAGACGACUAACCCUCAACCGAAAUACCCAACCUUCAUAUGGAUGACAGGGAAAUAAAGCUCUGAUCAAAUUGUGAUUCCAAGUGGCGCAAAAACUGCGCAGCGUGUCACGGGUUCGAUUCUCGCAAUAAUUAAUUAUGUGAUUCUAAAAGAUUUGGAUUGGGUCUGGGUGUAAAAUGAGUGCGGAGUAAUAUAUUUACAAAUAGGCAGCAACUGAGUGACGUUCACGAGGCGGCAUCCCUCCUUCCCACCCCCGAGUCCCCGAUGUGUCUCGCGGAGCGUGCAGCGUCCCAGCCUUACUACUAAUGCGCGAUUUUCUAUUUGCAGGUCGCAUACAGAUUAAUACUAAUGAUUCAAUUAAUUAAUUAAACUCAUUAAUAAUUUUCAGCCACUACAGCUCAAUCGUAUUAAUAUAAAUUAUUUUCAGGGCUAAUAAGCAUCCUUAAAAUUUCAGGAACGAAUUAAUUGAAUUAUUUUUCCCGAGCGAUAGGAUCUAGGUGGUAGAGUAGGAUAAGAGUGCGCCCCCGGCGCCCCCGGGGCGGGGGGACGCGGGGCGCGCUGACUGUGUGUGUGGCAGGUCCCCGUCGCCGGAGCCCAUCUACUCGACGGACGGCAAGCGGCUCAACACGCGCGAGUACCGCACGCGCCGCAAGCUGGAGGAGGAGCGCCACCGCCUCGUCACGCGCAUGCACCAGAUCAACCCCGACUUCAAGCCCCCGCCCGACUACAAGCCUCCUAUCAUCCGCGUGCACGAUAAGGUCAUGAUCCCGCAGGAGGAGCACCCGGACAUCAACUUCGUGGGCCUUCUCAUUGGACCGCGCGGCAACACGCUUAAAGCCAUGGAGAAGGAGACCGGCGCCAAGAUAAUAAUUCGAGGCAAGGGAUCGGUGAAGGAAGGCAAGGUCGGCCGCAAGGACGGACAGCCCUUGCCGGGCGAGGACGAGCCGCUCCACGCCUAUAUCACCGCCACCAACGCCGACUGCGUCAAAAAAGCCGUCGAGAAAAUCAAGGAGGUGAUCCGGCAGGGCGUGGAAGUGCCGGAGGGCCAGAACGACCUGCGCCGCAUGCAGCUCCGCGAGCUGGCGCAGCUCAACGGCACGCUGCGGGAGAACGACGCCGUGCGCUGCGCCAACUGCUCCGCCACCGACCACAAGACCUGGCUCUGCCCGGACAAACCCAACGUGACCAACAGUAUCGUGUGCUCGUCGUGCGGCGGGGCCGGACACAUCGCGCGCGACUGCAGGGCCAAGCGGCCCGGCCAGGGCACUCUGCACUCCGCCUCCAACAAGGCUAAGAUAGAUGAAGAGUACCUGUCGCUGAUGGCAGAGCUGGGCGAGGCGGCGCCGCCGCCGCCGCCGGGCGCCCCCGCGCCCCCGCCCGGCGCGCCCGCGCCCCCGCCGCCUGCCGCCGCGCAGGCGCCCUGGCUCGGUGCGACUGCGGGGGCGCAGCCUCCAGUGCCGGGGGCUCCGCCGCCGCCGGGCGCGGCGCCACUGCCUGCCUACCCGCCGCCGCCUCCGCCGCCGCAUCAGGGUGACGGCAAGAUGGGCCCGCCCCCCGCCGUGGGGCCCGGGGGCCCACACAUGCCGCCUCCACCGCCCGGCAUGCUGGGCCUGGGCUGGCGCGGCGCGUACAACCCGCCGCCGUGGGGUGCUCCGCCCCCGCCCGCAUUCCUGGCGCCGCCGCCGCCGCCGCCGCCCGCCUCGCAAGACUAGCGCGCCGUAUACAUUUCACAUUGUCUAUUACAAUUAAAUGUAAUUAUCAAAUGCUUUUGUUUCCUUACAUCUAUCGCGUCGGACGCUGCUGCACUAUAUCGUAGGUAAAAGGUUUUGGUAAAAGAAUUAUAUUAAAAAAUAUAUAUUAUAUACUACUUAUAAUGUUGUAUUACGUACCUGCAUUGUAAACUAUAUUUUGGAAACUUGUGCGUCGACAGCGUCGACUAGGCUGCAAAUUCCUAAUCUCCAAAAUGUCGGCAACGCACUUUCAGCUCCUCCGCUGUAGCUGGGUGU